AUGCGGUCAGGCUUCCACAAACCUGGUGCCAUCCCCUUUCUUGCUCUUCUUGUUUUCUCAUUGCUCAGCUUGUUGUCCUUGGCAAAGGAAUGGGACUUUUAUAAUCUGCGCUUCGGGUAUAUUGGUUACCAUCAUAACGAUGUUCGACAACCUUCCCGUGUUAGAGAUGGUCCACUCGACGUUCGGUCGAGGAUACGGACGCCUGGCAGUCAGUGUAAGUCGUGGACAAUAAAUGGUUACUGCCUGCCAGACCUGGACCGUGUUCAUCGCCCGCGGCGCUCCGUGCCAGACACCCCACGCAGCUCGUUCGAGGCUGCCACUGCCUUCGACCCCGAUUCGAUAGCAUACCUUACUGAAGAACCAUCAACAUUCGCGCGAGGUGUACGCGCCUUCAAAUCGCUCUUCAUAAAACAGACGGGAGAUAGCCAGAUAUCUAAACCUCUUGCCACGGGGAGCGCCUCUUCUGUGGCCUCAGCACCUAGCUCUCUCACCUCGAAUGUAUCCAAUUUAGCUGUUAUCAGUGCCCCUCCUACCGCUGAAGCACUCCUUCCCAAGUCGUACGGCAGCAAUAUCACGGCAACGACGCAAGAAGCUCCUUCGCAAAGCCUCCAGUACCCUCGUUCCCAUUUAUGUGAGUUAUGGCAGCAGGCCUGCCAUGCCACGAGGGUCUAUCUUGGGAACUGGACUUUCCUAAGAGAACGACUUCCGUCCCGUUCUGAAAAGACCACGGAAGAGACAUUACAAACUUCAGAACAGACUGAUCAAGACAUUGAAGAACAGGUUGCACCCAAAGGGCUUCCAUCGAACGGCAGCAAUGCCGCACUUUCGACCUUGUCACCUUCAUCUUCGCAAUCGCCUGCUAAAGCAACCGACAUCCCUGAUUUACCUGUGGCAGCUGAAGAGCGAUCCAAGGGCAUUGGUCAGGGACCAAAUUCACAGCCUGCACGCGGUAGUUGCAUGGCUAUUGUCAUAGGCCUAGUUGUCGGCGUCAUGUGGUUCUGA